GUGCAAACAGCCACCAAAGCAGAGGGAUACCACUGGGCUGUUGACUUUCAUAUCAUUGCGCAUGAAGCGCAUCCCGCGCAAGGGCCCAAUGAAGGACGGCGCCACCACAGAGAGAGGGCCGAUGUCGGCCGCCAGCACGGGAGCGCCAGAGGCCCUCGACAUCAACGCGGUCGUCAACAACCUCGGCGUGGGCAUGGCACAAGUCAUCUACACCCUCAUCGGUGCGCACAACCAAUGAAUGCAUUGCAAGUUGAUGAAUUACCAUGAAGGUGUUCUUGUGGCGUUCAGGCGGCAUGGUGCUCUUUGCGGACGGGGCCGAGGUGCUUGUGCUGUCGGUGAUGAACAUCAUGCUGGCAAAGGAGCUAAAGAUAUCCAAGGUGGCCCAGGGGGCCCUCAUUUCUAUCACGUUCUGCGGCGUCGGGCUCGGCGGAUAGUAAGCAACGCAUCACAAUGCGGACACCGCACAUGUGUGGUGCCUAUUGUGUGGUGUGACACGCAGCCCCUCUGGCUUUAUCAGCGACAUGUUUGGACGGCGAGUGCCCAUCCUGCUGUCGUUCUUCGGCGUCGUUGCCGUCAACAUGCUCACGGUGAGGACGCAUGCCCUCUCAGAGGCUCCUCCUGUCUCCAAUGGGCAUAUUCGUGACCUGCAGGUCUUUACAAUGACGUAUGGUGUCAUUGCGAUCUGUUGUUUUAUUUCCGGCUGCUUCAUGAGGAUGGGGGUCCCCGCAUGGCAGUGUUUGGCGGUCGAGGUGUCGCCCACCAGCUGGCGGGUCUUCAUCUCGGCAGCGGGCGGCUCGCUCUUCUCUGUGGGGCAGAUAUACGUCAUCGGUAUCAUAUUCCUCACCGACCCCCGGAUGAAGCACCUCGACUGGCGACGGCUGCUCAUGUAUGUCAGCAUUCCUCCCGCCGUGUGCUUUGUCCUGGCUUACUUCCUUCUCUAUGAAUCGCCGCACUUCCUCUACGACCAAAAACAGUAUGAGCGGCUGAGAGACGUGAUCAGCAUGAUGGCCUUCUGAAACAGGAGCGAAGUUAAAGGCAAAUU